AAGGAAUCUACCAUUCCUACCAUUUCCAAGGAACGAUGUACCUCUAACCAGAGAUUUUUUGUUGAGCAACAGUCCCCAGGACCUUCGCAUUAAACCAUCAAGACCAAUGGCAUCUGCCAGUAUACCAUCGCCGCAAGACACUUGGACACUUUGACUGCUCAGAAAAAGUGAAAAAUGGGUGCAUUUUUGGAUAAACCAAAAACAGAGAAACAUAAUGCACAUGGUGCAGGGAAUGACUUGCGUUAUGGCCUUAGCAGCAUGCAGGGUUGGAGAGUGGAGAUGGAAGAUGCUCACACAGCCAUUGUUGGCAUUCCUCAAGGUUUGGACACAUGGUCCUUCUUCGCGGUGUAUGAUGGUCAUGCAGGCUCUCGUGUGGCAAACUACUGCUCAAAGCACUUACUUGAACACAUAACAAGUAAUGAAGACUUCAGAGGCACAAAUGUGUCUGGGUACCCCAUUGAACCUACCAUCGAACAUGUCAAGAGUGGUAUCAGAACUGGAUUUUUGAAAAUUGAUGAAUAUAUGCGAAAUUUUUCAGAGCUGAGAAAUGGCAUGGACAGGAGUGGGUCGACAGCUGUAGCAGUGCUGAUCUCCCCAGAGCACACAUACUUUAUCAACUGUGGCGAUUCAAGAGCUGUUCUGUACAGGAACGCACAACUUUGCUUUUCAACACAGGAUCAUAAGCCUUGCAAUCCAAGGGAGAAAGAGCGGAUCCAGAAUGCAGGGGGCAGUGUAAUGAUACAGCGAGUUAAUGGGUCACUAGCUGUGUCACGAGCACUAGGGGACUAUGAUUACAAGUGUGUCGAUGGGAAGGGACCUACAGAGCAGCUGGUAUCUCCAGAACCUGAAGUAUAUGAGAUUCUUAGAGCAGAAGAAGAUGAGUUUAUUAUACUGGCAUGCGAUGGCAUUUGGGAUGUGAUGUCCAAUGAGGAGCUCUGUGAGUUCGCUAGAUCUAGACUAGAGAUAACGGAUGACCUUGAGAAAGUCUGCAACUGGGUGGUGGACACCUGCUUACACAAGGGAAGUAGAGACAACAUGAGCAUUGUAUUGGUCUGUUUCCCUAAUGCUCCCAAGGUUUCAGAAGAGGCAGUGAGGAAAGAUGCUGAACUGGAUAAGUACCUGGAGUCACGUGUUGAAGAAAUCAUGCUGAAACCAAGUGAAGAGCCAUAG